AUGUCGCAGCAAACACGUAUUGAUCAAUUUUAUAAAUCAAACCACAAAGGAAAUUCUUAUGUGACGAAUGUUAAAAAACUUUCUAGAUCAAGAAGUGAGCCUUAUUCAAAGAUGAAAAAGAAAAAGGAAAAUGAAAAACAAAAUGUUUCAUUGUCAGAAAUUAAAAAAUGUGAAUCAGAUUGUAUAAUUAUAUAUGACAAUCUGAAUGAUAAUUUAAAUAAUACAGAAACGUUUAAAAGUAAUGUUCAAGCAUUGAAUCAGAAUGAAUCAAAUAAUUCAAAACAAAUGUUGAUGUAUGAUAAUGACAAAAAAUACAAAUUAUCAAUGAAUCAAGGAAUAAGAGAAAUAUCAACUGAAAAUGAAGAUUCAUUGAUGAUAUCAAAAAAUUUUCCAAAUUUUAAUCCACAAGUAUCACCAGAUAAUAUUAAUAUACGAUCACAGAAAAUGUCAGAAAGUAAAUCAGAAAACAAUAGUCAUAGAAUAUCACCACCUAUUAUUGAAGAUAAUUCUUACUUAAAAAGAAGUCUAAAUAAGAAACUGAGAACUCCAAAUAAAAAUAAAUCUCCAUUGAGAAAUCCUAAUAGUUCUUUCUCAACACCUGAAAAAUCAAAUUAUGCUUCCAGAAUGUCGUCUGUUACUCCCAGUAAAUCUCCAAGAAGUAUUGCAAGGAAAAGAUUUUUUGGUGAAAAUAUAGAUGCUGAUAUUAUGGCUCAAGCCAUUGAACAUAUGAAUUUAGCAACGCAAGAUAACUUUGAUUUAGAGAAAAUAUAUUCCAGAAGUACAUUUAAAUAUCAGUAUAAUAAUACAAAUAGUAAACGUGCAACAAAGUAUAAAUUAAGUGAUAUUGAUAUAUGUGAUGAUUUAGAUGCAAAAGUCUUAUUUACUACUAUAUUCAUCGUACUCUAUAAUCCUGUUAAUUGUGCUUAUUUUACAGAAUUUGAAUUUGAUUUCAUAUUUUCUAUAAUCACUCUUCCUAAAGAAGCUCAAAUGUUAUUGGCAAGAAUGAUAAAAAGAAAAAAAGAGUGGUUUAGGAAAAGCGAAAUAAAUUAUCCACAAAUAGCUGCAGAAUUAAAAGAUAUUUUUGAUGUUCUUGUUUCACGAUCUAUUUGUUCUUUUGAUAUUAAAGAAGAAAACUUAGAUACAAUACUUAAAUUAUUACAAGUAAAUGAAAUUCAGCAACUUUGUAAGAAGAUGAACAUUGAUUCUAAAGGAAACAAAAAACGUAAUAUACAAAAGUUAUUAGAACUGUCAAAUAAGAAAUCUUUGUUUCCUGGAAUGAAAUCACCAAAAAUUAUUUUAUAUGAUUUAAUUUUGGAUACAUUAGAUUUUUGUGUAUGCAUAACUAAUGAAACAUGGAAUAUUAUUUAUAAAAUAAUAACAUUGUUAAUGCCAAAUCAAGAUCCCAAAAAUAGCCUAGCAGAUACAUUUUACAUAUUAUGUAAUGUUUAUUUAGGAAAUAUAAUAUAUCCAAAAAAUUUGAAAGAAAAUUAUUUUCCAAUAUUUUCUUCUAUAGUACAUUUAACAAGUUAUGUGACAGUUAAAUCUUUAUUAUUUACGAUGUUACAAAGUAAAGAGAAAAAAAAUUGGGAAGAAGUACGAAAAUAUGGAAAUUUAGCUAUGAAUAUGUUGCCAAAUUUAUUGAAUCAUGAAUCAUCCAGAUUAAAAGAUUCUGUGCUUCCUAAGCAUGUUAGACGUUUUAUGCCAGGAUAUAUAUGGUUGAAAAUACUUUCUGCAUCUAUAUGUGCAUUUAAAAAAGACGAAAAUGAAAAGAACAAUAGAAAACGAAUGGUAGAAAUUUUAUCAUUUUUAUUGGAGCAAAAUUGUCACAUGCAUGUACACAAAGGAGAAUGGUUUGCUGAAUUAGCUCUGAUUGAAAUGCAUCAUCAUAAAGACAUAGAAGCAUCUGCAUCCAUUAUAAUAAAAGCUUUAAAAACGGAAAACUUAACGCAAGUGGAUAAAGUAAGUCUCAUAGAAAGAGCAAGCAAAAUUGUAAAGAAGAAAAAUGGAAUCGAAAUAACCACGAAACAUUCUCUUAGUGAAAUAUUAGAUAGUCAUGUUCAUUAUAUGCCAAAAUAUGAAGCAGCAUCUAUCAUUGUACAUGCCACAGCAAUGCCAAGCGAUGCUGUAGGCAAUAAAAGUAAGUGGUGUAUAGAAAGCAAUACUGAAAGUCAAAGUUAUGGAUCAGUAGAAGCUGUUGCAUUUUAUUAUUAUCAGAAGCAAGGAUUCUCUGAUGGAUUGCAUUGUGAAGGUGCAUUACCGAAUAUUCUAUUUUGUACUUUGUUUUGGGAAGAAUUAUAUGAUAAGCAUGUUCCUGGAGCAUUCUCAACGCCAUAUGAAGAAGCUCCAAAUGAUUUAUUUACAACAGAAUUUUAUACAAAUCGGAAAGAAGGAAUAGAUAAGAAACUGCAAUUUCUUGAUAAUUUAAAUUCUGAAUUAUUAAGUUCUUUGAUGGAAGAAAAAUUCGCGGUACUUAAACAAUAUCAAUCAAUAAUGUUAUCAAACAUAAUAAAGGAUGAUUCACAAUUGAAGCAAAUAGUACACUGUUUGGGAACUCGGGGUGUAAUAGGUAUUUGUAAACGACUUAUUGAUAAUUUCAAACUCUGGAGAGCUGGAUUUCCAGAUUUAAUUGUAUGGAAUUAUGAUACUAAAGAACAUAAAAUUAUAGAAGUAAAGGGUCCUCGAGAUGUCCUUUCAAUCAAACAACGAUUAUGGUUGGAGUAUCUACAUCAACUCGAACUUAAUACCGAAGUGUGUCUAGUACAAGCAGGAGUUAUUUCUAAAUUAAAUUCAGCGACGGGAAUUCCAUGUUGUGCUACUUGCGGUGCAAACAUUGCCGCUGGAUACACUAUAGAUGAAGUACCAAUAACUAAGCAAACAUCACAGUUUUCAACAGCAGUAUCUAAUAUUUUAAUAAAAAGAUAACGUUAUUUUAUUGAAAAAUAUUUUAUUUAAAUGUUACAUAUAUGUCAGUAUUAAAAUUUAAAAUGUAUAGAUACUAUUUUUUUAAAAAUACUUACAAGCUUGCUCCAAUAUAUAUUCAUUUAAAUUUUCACCAAACCAUACAAUGUGAGGCCUUAAUAAACCUUUGCAAUUUUCUUUGUCACAUUUAGGUAAAUCUUCUUUUGGGAUAUCAGAAGUCGUAAUAUUUGGAUCUGGUAACCUAUUUAUAUUUAUAUUAAUGAAAUUUAUAAAAAGAUAUAAAAAAAAGAUCUUACCCUUUCCCCUCUAAUGCGGAACAUAUUGGAAUAUUUUUAUUUACAGCAACUUCGUUACAAAUUGUACAACGUGUUUUAUACAAUGAACCAUGAAGCUCCACAACAUCCUUAG